UAUUCAAGGUAAGGAUUAAUGUAGGUGAAACUCAAACUCAUGAAUCCCACUUUUUUGUUAAAAAAACUUUCGAACCUAAAAAAAUAAUUGAAAAAAGAGACAAAAAAGCCAGCAGCUGUAAAAUUCAGCUUUAAAUAUUCAAAAAAAGCCUGGAAAUUUCUUUCUGUCUCUUCUGCCUCUUCCCUCCCAAUUCCCAAUGACUCAUAUUGUGGAGAAUUUGUUUGGCUGACUCCACAAAAAUCCCUUCCCUUCCCUACACUACACUCUUCUACUCAUCACUAGAUAAAUCAAGAAUUUUAUUUUUAUAUUCUUGUAAAAUUUAGCCAAACAAAUUUAAGGACUAGUUUCUUUUUCAUUUUUUUUUCUCUUUAUUAAUUAAUUUUCUUGCAUUUUCUUGUUAAUAAGAUUAAAGAAAAACAAUGGUUUCAUUGAUAAUUCCCAAUGGAUUGAUUUCAAACCCAAUACUAAACAAAAAAUUCCCAAAAUCAUCUUCAAUUUCCAUGAAAAAACCCAUCAUUUGUUUUGAAUCCCAAACCUCAAAAUUCGUUGCCCCUUACAAUUUCUUCAACAAAUUAUGGAAACCCAAUUCUACAAACAAACAUUAUUCCAUUAUUGAACCCCCAAAGGCAGCCGCGCCGCCGCCUUUCGGGAAAAAAUGCAAGGACAAGAGCCCCAUGAGAUGGAGAAUUGGUGAUGAGAUAAUUGUUGAAACAAAGAUUGGUGUUAGCAAAAAUGAUUAUACUAUUAGUAGCAGUAGAAAACAAAUGUUGGUUUUGUGUGGAUUGGGUUAUUGGGUACAAGGGUUUAGGUGUUUUCCAUGGUUAGCUCUUAAUUUUCACAUGGCACAAAAUCUGAAUUAUGACCCAUCAACUUUACAAUGGGUGCAAUAUUGUGGUAUUCUUCCAAUGGUGGCUAAACCCUUUUAUGGGAUUUUAUCUGAUGCUCUUUAUAUUGGUGCUGCUCAUAGAAUUCCUUAUAUUUGUAUUGGAGUCAUCUUGCAGGUCUUUUCAUGGGGACCAUUAUCACUAAUUCCAUUUGUGGGUGAAGCCUUUCCUACCCUUAUGGCAUGCGUUCUUCUCAGUAAUCUUGGGGCAGCUGUCACAGAGGUUUCACAAGAUGCUCUUAUUGCAGAAUAUGGACAAAAACAUAAAAUUGUUGGGCUACAGUCCUAUACAUUCAUGGCAAUAGCAGUUGCAGGAAUUCUAGGCAACUCAUUGGGUGGUAUACUUCUAUCGAAAUCGCAUCCAAGAACUCUAUUGCUUAUCUUUACACUCCUGCUGUCUGUUCAACUUCUAAUUUCUAUAUCAACAAAGGAGGAGUCCCUUGGUUUAUCGAAGCCUCUGAGUACUAUUGUUGAACAAAGUUCAAGCUUGAGCAAUAUCAAGAGACAGUUUUCUGAUCUUCUAGUUGCCUUGAGUGAGGAUAAGAUAUCUCGUCCUCUACUUUGGGUUGUAGCUUCGAUUGCAAUGGUGCCAAUGCUCACAGGAUCUAUCUUUUGCUAUCAAACACAAUCCCUUAAUCUUGACCCUUCAAUUAUCGGUGUUUCCAAGGUAAUUGGGCAGAUGCUGCUCUUAUCAUUAACUGUGCUCUAUGACCGGUUUUGGAAAAACAUUCCCAUAAGGAAGUUGAUUGGCAUAGUGCAAUUCUUAUAUGCCUUUUCUCUCCUCCUUGACCUCGUUCUAGUCACACAAAUAAACCUGAAGUUCGGAAUACCAAACAAUGUUUUCGCUUUGUGCUUUUCAGGGUUGGCUGAGACCAUUGCUACCUUUAAAACAGUACCCUUUUUUGUGCUUAUUGGGAGCUUAUGCCCUUCAGGAUGUGAGGCUUCAGUCACUGCGUUCUUGGCCUCAGCUUUAACUUUGUCAACAAUUGUUAGUGGGUUUUUAGGCAUUGGAUUGGCUUCUGUACUUGGUAUAACUUCUGACAAUUACACUAGCCUCUCUGUAGGGAUCAUGCUGCAGAGUUUGGCUGCUUUAGUGCCUUUAGCUUGGAUCAACAACCUACCAAUUUCACAACUUUCCGUUGAAAAGGAAAAGAAGAAAGGCAGGAGUAAAAGGAGUCGGAAAAACAGGAGAGUUGGAAGAGUAACGCUCAACUCAAUCUUUUCUUACCGUCGAAAAAGAGAAUCUGAGACACAAAGAUGACAACAUUCCUAAUUUCCUAUUAUGUUACUUAGGAAUAACACAGUAAUAGCCACGCAAGUCCGGAUGACUUGUGUCUCAUGCCUUCCAAAGAGGAUACAAUACAUAUAUGGCUUAAAUGCCCAGAAUAGUUCAAAUAGCCCUCCAACUACGCUGGUGCUGAUUUUUGUUUGGGCAACAAGGAGCGGUAUGAUUAUUCUGGUUCAGUUGCUUUCUGCUGAAUUUACAGAGUCAGUAGAUGCCAGUUUAUCUAUCUUUGUUCAGUGGUGAAGUUCAAUAUGGAUAGGAUGUGGUUCAUCCAAAUGAGAAACACACAGUUGAUACAGAAGAUUCAAACAUAUUGCUCGAAUGUAUCACUCCAGGGCAAUGAAUCAGAUGCACAAUUGGUGUAGAAGGUACAGACAAAUUGCUUGAAGAUCAGUUAGGGGUUGGUCAGAUGCUCAUACGGUCAUACCGGAGCUGCUCAGUUUUGUUUCAAUUGUGUAUCUGCACUUCCAUUGAUGAUCUGUUGCAUUAAUUUGAGCAAAUGCCAUAUGCAUCUUGAGGAAAUCAGUCCUCUACUCGGUUUCAUUUCUUUGCAUUAAAAAUUGUAAUUGAUGUGGGAUUCGUUUCCAAUAUCUGAUUGAUUCACUUGAGUCCUGAGUUCUGUACAGCACAAAGUUUUGUAUAAUAAUAAGGUUCUUGGUAGUGUGAUUUCUCUGUUA